GUGCAUAUCAUAGCUGUUUUGUGAAAAAUCAGUGAAACUUUAGAAUAUCAUAACUUUCAUAGUUUAUAUCCGAUUUUGAGUGAAAUUUUCAGCGUUGUGCGAUCAAGUUUGAUUUUUUUCUAUUUAUUGAAAUCAACAUUCUUCUGGGUUGGACUUGAACUAUAAAUGCCACUGACCCUUGGUUUGUAACGAGUGAUCUCUAUAUUAAUGUUAAAUAUGCAGAUCAGUGGUUGAAAUAUGCGAAGAUGACUUUUAUAGUGAAACUUUGGUCUCAGUAUAAAGCUACCGUAGACCAAGAAUCUGUGCAGCAAUACUAGGCUAGCGCCAUAGAGAUGUAUACUAAUAUCUCUAUGGCUAGCGCACGGUACGCUGAUCGUCAUCGCGCGCGGCGCGGCGGAUCGACCCGGCGCGGCCGGAAGUCAUGCGCCAUUGGGUCAUAUGUCAUCGCAUCAAGACAUAUCUUCAGCGACCUGUCCCGAAAAGUGUCAUGUUUUUCUGAUUUGUUGACAUUGUAGACACUAGCCGAAGUAUAUAUUUAUUCGAACUUAUAGCAGCUAAAGAUGAGUGUCAGAUUAUAUUCGAUUUUAGGCAUUCUGAGUGCCGUAGCUACUGGUAUUGUACUGUGGUAUCUGUUGACUGAUCAGCUGUACAGACUAGAUUUUGGAUGGUUCCUAUUAGCGAUAGAGCCCUACAUGUGGGCUGAUGUGGGUGUGGGUUUAUCAAUAGCACUAUCUGUUGUAGGGGCAGCAUGGGGUAUUUUCACAACAGGAACAAGUAUUGUAGGAGGAGGUGUAAAAGCUCCCCGUAUCAGAACCAAAAAUCUCAUCAGCAUUAUUUUCUGUGAAGCAGUGGCCAUUUACGGUAUCAUCAUGGCAAUUGUUCUCUCGGGUCAAGUGAAGGAUUUUGGAACAAAUGAGCUUUCAGAAAAGACAAUGGCAAAUAAUUAUCUUGCAGGUUAUGCCAUCUUUGGUGCUGGUUUGACUGUGGGUUUUACCAAUCUAGCCUGUGGGAUCUGUGUGGGCAUUGUGGGUAGCGGAGCCGCCCUAGCCGACGCCCAAGAUGCCAGUCUAUUCGUCAAGGUCCUCAUCGUCGAGAUCUUCGGAAGCGCUAUCGGACUAUUCGGUGUCAUUGUCGGUAUCUUGCAAGCCAGCAAAUAUUCCUUUAAGAGUGAGGAUAUAGCCUGAACAACAAACAGAGAUUGCAGCAAAUCAUCUUAUUUAUACUAAAAUGAUAUUUCAUUAUCUCAAGGCUCAGCUAUGUGAUCAUCCUUAUUUUCAUCAACAUUGUAAAUGGUUUCUGACAUAAAAUAUAAUUGGCUAAUUUCACGGUGCAUUUGGGUUUAAAAUAUAUCACAAUCAUUUCUGAUUUUUUUUAAUAACAUAUAUUGAAGAGGAUAAGAAGGAAAAGUUGUUGGACAGCCUUCUUGAUUUUUUUUUUUUUUUGUUCAAACAUUUAGCUGUCCAUUCUGAAUCCAGGUGUUUCUUAUAAGUAAGGUAACACAGCCAUUUUUUGUGAAAUCCAAAAACGCUUACAAGUUCUCAAAUAUGUGAUUUAAUGAUGCACCAAUAGUAUAUCCAAAGAAUUCAGCUCGAUCUUUAACCUCUGCCACCAUACUACAUCAUAUUUGACUCUUUGGCCCAUCAUUCAUAAUAAUUGAUUUUGAAGCUUUGGUUUAAGACCGUGGUUUAUGCUAAUAUCACCAUGUGCAUUGGGCAAAUGUCUAAUAGAUCGUGCUAAUUGUAUUAAGAGGUUUUUAGGUUCAAGCUUCAUGUCACUAUAGUUUGAGCCUACUUUGUAUUUCAGUUGAUUUAAAUAGAGAGUGGACACACUAAUUCUAAAUUAUGAGCUGUUUUAUGCUCACACCAUAGCAACAAACCUAACUUCAGUCCCAUUUGACAAAAACGCCUAUACGUUAUUGUACCCUUUCUCAAUGUGUGCAGAAAAUUAAUCAUAAUUAAUGCAGAAAAUUUGCAUUAAUCAUUUUCAAACCCUGGUUUUGAAGCCCUUUUAUAAACUUGGACGUGAUGAUUUUUAGUUGUUCGAGCUACUCUCUCAGGAGAGGUAAUCUUUCAUUCUUGCUUGUGUAAUAACAAAUCAUUCCAUGUAUAAUGUGGCAUAACCUUUCAUUUGUUUAUAGAAAUAGCAUGUUUCUUGAUACGAUCCUUAGAACCCUUUAAUAGCGUAUAUGAAAUUUAGCCAAAAUAGUUGAGAUACAGGUGAUUGUUGUAUAGUCAUAAAAAAUUAGUGUACAUAUGUGAGGUAACUCAGUACUCAACACAAGAAAUAUAUGAGUAAUGCAUUUGGUGUUUGUCACAAAUCCCUAUCGUGAUGACUUUUUGCUAAUGCCAAUGGAUUUGUUGUUCGGGAAAGGUAGACAGUUUAUAUAAGAUUAUAUUUCAUGUUUCGUUGGAUGUUUAUGUAAUAGAUAUUUAUAUCUUGGAAUGAUAAGGAUUAAAAUAUGUAACUUGUAUUUGAAUUAGAGAGACAUUAGGUUUUUUGCAUUAUGAUUUGGUUAGGAUACAUUUUGUGUAUACUUGUCAAUGGAUUGACGGGUUAUCAAUUAUGAUGAAUGUGAUGUGGUAUCGCAUGUAAUGGAUUUUAGGUUAUGAGUAUUUGGACAGAACUAUUUACCUACUAUUCGUUUGUAAUCAUAGUGGAAAAAUAAUAUCAUGCAAAAACAGGAAUGAAAAAAAUCACCUCACUCAUUUCACACUCAUAAUAUGUUAACCACAAUAAUACAAACAUGAAAAUAACCAUUUUUUUAAUCUGGUUUGAAUUUAAUAUUCAGUAUUUUGCUUUCAAAAUUUUAUUCUGUUAAUGCAAUUCAUUCUGAUUUCAGGCGGGAGUACUCUUUCCACAAAAAAAUCGACAUACCACUGCCUGGUUGGAACUGAGAAAGAUGGAUUAUUCAUUUAUUUCCUAUGCUUUCUGUAAUUUUUUUUAUACAAAUGUUAAAGUUUUCAUUCCAUAAGUAAGAUUAUUUUGGGUAGUGAAAUAGUUUUUGAAUAAAAAAAAAGAUAAUGGAUCACCAAAUUACAAUGUAAGGCUAGGAAUGUGGCAAAUAACAAUUGCCAUUGUCCAAGUUAACUUCCUUAUUUCUAUUAAUUUAUAAGUGUAUUUGAUGAAUGUUGACAAAAUCAUGUAUAAAUUUUGUCAUUUAAAGUGCUGAUACACCUGAGCCGAUAUACCUAGGCUAUGUCAAGAUGUUCAUCCCUUUUCUUUAUAUCAAGAAUUGCCUUGUCUUAACACAAGUGAAUCUUCUUGUAAAGAAUUUAAUUCUUAGAAUUUUGGCUGGUAACAAAUCACAAUUCUUGAUAUAAAGUAUGGGAUUCUUGAUAGUAAAUGUGCGUAUAGGAGGUCACGAGUACAGUAUGUUGGAAUAUGAUGGCUAAAUCGUCAUGGUGUUGCAGCCCAUUUACAUUUAAACUCCAAUAUGAAUUCUUUAAGUUUCUCAAUGACAUGAUUUUAUUGUAUAUUCAAAUUGAGUAAUUAUUUUAUCAUAAGGAGACUUGCAUAGAUUUAUUGAUAGGCGAACAAAGUAACAAGGUAAUUUUUACUUUAGCCAUUGUUUCUCUGUAGUAGGUAAUGAAUAAGCUGAGAAAGGGAAAUUGCAAUAUAAAUGUGUAAAUUGCGAGAAAUGACACAAAUUCUUCCCUAUAAAUUGUCUCGUCCAUUUAGAUAUUCAUGUACAUGUAUGUUAUCCGUUAUGAAAAUGUGAUUGAAGCUUUAAUAAAAAGCAUUCUAUAUCUGUA